UAUUAACUACCCACACACACUUUAUGAGCCUCUCAACUUUCCACUGCGAUCAUUUUUAUUUUUAUUUUGUUGAGAAAAAAUAAAAAAAAUUCUGCUCUGAUCAGUUUCGCUACAGGAAUCUUCGUCGUCGCCGGGAUCAAUUAAAACUCCGUUUCAGGGGGAAUAGUGAAGCUUUUCCGAACAUUGAGUAAAAUUUUGAUAACACAACUUGGCAUGGGAGUUGUGACUGUUUCAAGCUCUGCAUCUCGAAGUCCAUUAGGAUUGAGCUCAAGGUUUUCGGCUCGUUUAUGUCCGCUUAAAAGGCCAGUAAUUGUAUCGUUUAAAAAAGAUAAAACGAAGAAUACAACUUUAGUUUCACCUAAGGAGUCCAUAUCCUUGCCUAUUGAAACAUCUAAAGAAAAUGAAAAAAGGUCAAGACGAGUAACUAAGCGUACUGAGAGAGUGCAUGCUGUUACAAUCGAAGCCCCUCCAAGUACGUUAGAAUUAGACUACAGUGAAGCUGCUGCCAAACUUGAAAGUAUCUACAAGCGCAGUCUGGAAACUGCUAGCCCCAAUACAGAAGUUAAGGAUCAUUUGGUGAAGAGAAGGCCAAGGACGAGGAAGAGGAUUGUAGAAAGUGACGAGGAAGCGAAGAAAGAAGUUGUUGAUAAUGUGGUCAAGAAUCGUAGAAAGAAGUCAAAGAGGUUGAAUCUUGACCAGAGGAUUGCUCUACUAAAGAAUAAAGAAGGUAAAAUGCUUGCUUCAUCCGAAAGAAGAAAACUUAAAGAGGACACCGAAGAUGAAAAAAUUGAUAAGCUUGUCAGAGAAUAUUCAGGUGCUACCGACUUAGCGAGCUUAGACUGGAAGAAAAUGAAGAUCCCUCCAGUGCUUCCAUCAUCUGAGCAUACGUGGCUCUUCAAGUUGAUGCAACCUAUGAAGGCAAUCCUUCAAGUUAAAGAAAACUUGCAAAAUGAUUUGGGGAGAGAACCAACUGAUGGUGAAGUGGCUGAGGCAACAAAUAUAGAUGCCUCUGAACUACGGAAAAAGCUGGAAGCUGGUCGAGCUGCUAGAAAUAAGCUGAUUAAGCACAAUCUACGUCUUGUUUUGUUUGUGAUGAACAAAUAUUUUCAAGAUUUUGCAAAUGCGUCAAGAUUCCAAGACCUCUGUCAGGCAGGAGUUAAGGGUCUAAUCACAGCUAUUGACCGAUUUGAACCUAAUAGGAAAUUUAGGCUAUCAACAUAUGGUCUUUUUUGGAUAAGGCAUGCCAUAAUACGUUCUAUGACAACCUCAAGCUUCACCAAAGUUCCGUUCGGGCUUGAAUCUAUCAGAGUGGAAAUCCAGAAGGCCAAGUUGGAGUUGCUGUUUGAGCUCCAGAGGAUACCAACAGAUGAUGAAAUAAUUAAAAGAGUUGGAUUUUCCCCUGAGAGAUACCAUGAAGUGAUGAAAGUAUCUAAACCUAUCUUCUCUCUCCACGCCAGAAACAAGACAACCCAAGAAGAACUCAUCAAUGGAAUAACUGACGUAGAUGGCGUUGAUGGGGAUAAGAGGAAGCAGCCAGCUCUACUCAGGCUUGCUCUUGAUGAUGUGCUUGAUUCUCUUAAGCCCAAGGAGAGUCUAGUAAUCAGACAAAGAUAUGGACUUGAUGGCAAAGGUGAUAGAACAUUGGGAGAAAUUGCGGGUAACCUAAAUAUUUCGAGAGAGAUGGUACGGAAGCAUGAAGUGAAGGCUCUCAUGAAGCUCAAGCAUCCAACUCGAGUGGAUUAUGUUCGCCGGUACAUAUUCUAAACAAAUCAACACCAUUUGAUCAUUGUAUUGGACAAAAUAUAUACCCCUUCAUACUGUAUAGUAUAUAGUAGCUGCGUGUACACUAAUCAUUUCUACCACUAUAGUUGUAAUUACAUACUCUUUCACUAGACUCCAAAACCAAAAUCUUUUAGUACACACCUUGUAAACAACUUAUAUUAUUUUUCUUUUUCUCCUUUAACAGACCAGUUUGAAUCAACUGAUCUGUAUAUUUACAACAUCGCCUUUCAUGUUGA